CGCACAUCUCUACUUAUCAUCCGCCCCUUUGUCAGCGCUGCCUAUAAAACCGUUACGGAGGCGGGUGGGCAGCUCACUUGCCAGUCAGCGAGAGAAGGAGUAGUGAGUAGUUGUAGCUGACUCUCAAAAAUAAAAAUAAAAAAAACAUUAAAAUAGAGAAGAAACAGCGGAGGUUUUGUUAUUUACAAACCGGCCAUGAGCACCGGAACCCCAUAUAUCGGCAGUAAAAUCAGCCUGAUAUCCAAGGCCCAGAUUCGGUAUGAAGGCAUUUUGUACACCAUCGACACCGACAACUCAACGGUGGCUCUAGCCAAAGUUAGGUCAUUUGGAACGGAGGGACGCCCCACUGAAAGGCCGGUGCCUCCUCGAGACGAGAUAUAUGAGUACAUCAUAUUUCGAGGAAGCGACAUCAAAGAUAUAACUGUUUGCGAGCCUCCCAAACAUCACCAUGGUCUGCCUCAGGAUCCUGCAAUUGUUCAGUCCUCCCUUAGCAGUGCAUCAGCUUCUUAUCACCAGCCCCAGGUUUCCUACAGCCCGUACCGGGGCAUGUCGUCCUACAGCCAACUCGCUGCCAGCUCUCUGCUGAAUCAGCAGUAUGCUGCAGCAUUGGGGUUGGGGGCAGGUUUUCACAGCCUGCCUGUUCGCAGGGGCCCUAUGAUCGAGCAAGCUGUUCAGACAACCCCAGCUGAGAACUCGGUGCAGAAGAAACCCCCCCAGCUACAACAGCUUGGCAGAGAGCUGCCUCAGCGUGCUGUAGAGGAGGCUCCACAGAGAAUCCCAGUUGGAUCUGAUACAGCUUUAGACAAAAACCAGGUGCAGAAUAAUGGCGAGAAUAGAAGACCACAAAGAAGACGACAAGCAAACAGGAGGUCCAGGAACCGGGGGAAAGGACAGAACCUGGUGGGGAAUGUGAAUGCCAAGGCCUCUGGUACCAUCCAGUUUGAGGCAGACUUUGAUUUUGAAAGUGCAAAUGCCCAGUUCAUCAAAGAAGACCUUGAGAAAGAAUUGCAAAACAAGCUGAAUAUUAAAGAUGGAGAGGAAAAAGGUGACUCUGGGGUUGAGACUCAGAAUAGUGAAGGGACAGGAGAUGAGGACACCCAUGCCCCAAAAUGCUACUAUGAUAAAACAAAAUCUUUCUUUGAUAAUAUUUCUUCAGAACUUCAGGCCAGGACUACAUGGGCAGAAGAGAGGAAGCUCAAUGUGGAGACAUUUGGGGUCCCUGGUAGGUUUUUCCGUGGUGGUCUUCGUGGCCGGAGAGGCCGAGGGACAGUACAGAGGAUUCCCAACCCACAGAGAGUGGGCAGUGGAAGGGUGUAGUUAGAGUGGGUAAGGAUCACUCUAAUUGAUUUAUGUAUUGGACUGUAUGAAUUAUUGCUUUGUAACCGUUUCCUCAUUUCUUUUCUAGGCCAGUGGUGCUCAUCAUGGGUUUAUACUGUGGAGGCAAGUGUAGCAGAGUAAGGAUUCUACUGUUACACUUAGUGUUUUGUGAGAAUCUUAAGUGCUAUGAUUUAAGAGUGAAAAUAUCUCAAAGUAUGCACUUUUUUUUUUUGGUUUUGGACAAUUGUGAAGAAUUUUGUUUUUUUGUUUCUGGUAUUUACUGGAAGCAUAGUACUACCUUGUGAUUUGAUGGGAGGUCAAUUUUUAGUUUUAAUUUGGUUUAAAAAUGCUGUAACUAUUUCCCCAAUCACAAGAUAUGGCCAAAAUGUUGGUUAUUGCUACAUAUUCAGUGCCUAGGGUGACUGGGUUCUUUGUCUUCCUGAAAACCUUAAUGUUGACUAAUCUUACGUCUGCUCCACCCAGUGAGGGAUUCCCCCACCCCCCCCGUAAACCAAGGAAUUUUUUUUUUUUUUUUUUUUUUUAAAGUUUGUCUUUUCAGAACAUAAACAUGUCUAGAAAGAGAACCAAAUAUGUUUCCUGUGCAACUCCUGUAUUUGGAUGUGUGACUCUUGUCACCAUGUUUCUUUAGGACCCAUUAGUUUAACCACUCUAGUAUUCAAUUAGAGAAAAAUUGAAACUUGCGUUGGCAUUAUCAACCACCCCACCCUUCCCAGAUGCAUCUGCUACAAAAUCUAUGCGGUAUAAGAACUUCUGAGUUGCAUAAUACUCAGUCUAUGUAAAUGCACUUUUCUUUUGUAUGUUGUGUUUUGCUUAGUUGUAAAUAUAAUCUGCCCUGCUUUCUAUAAAUUGAAUCAUGGCACCAGAGCAAUGGAAAUUGUUGGAUGACAGACUCUCCAGUUGUUUGCUACCUUAAUGGGUGGAUCACAAUUCAAGAAAGUUUACAAUUGUGCUUGAAUCAAAAGGUUGUGUUUUUUUUUUAAUUGUGUACAAAUUUAUGGAGACUCAAAGCAAGUCACUACUCCAACAGCCAUGAAGAAAAAUCUUUGAUUCUGGAUUUUUUUUCUGUCCCAUUGCAAAUAAACCUGUUGCUGUAGUUAGACUUUUUUUUUAUUACUCAUUUUAGUGUUUAGAUAUAGAAUCCCCUGCAGUAACCUGUAGCUGGGGAAGCUACUGUUCAUUUCUAAUGUGAAAGAUGUCAGACCAUUGUCUUUAGAGUGUUCCUACUGUGGCUUUCAUGCCAUUGCAUUCACUUCUGACGUGAUUAACACUGGAAGUCAUACUACUUGGGAAGAAAUCAAAAUUCUUUACUCUUUGUACUUCCUAAAUUUGUACAUUAGUUUUUUUUUUUUUUUUUAAACCAUUAACUUGAUUCCACAUGGCUAACCUGUUUUAUGUAGCUAUGGUAAAUAUGCUGAAACUGAUUGGUUAUUCUAAUUGCCU